AUGGGUGACACUGAAGGCGCCAGGGAGACGCAACUUGAGUUUGUCGGAUUUUUAAAUGACUCUGCUGACUCCAUCCCAGUUGUCGGCCAUGUCAAAGGUGGAAUCCAUUACGUCUGCGGGGAUACGGAGGGAGGAGACAAGGCCAUGAAAAGCUCGUCGAGAACUGCCGGCGUCAUUGGAGGAGGUGUGGUAGGGUUCGUUGUCGGCGGUCCUCCCGGAGCCGCCGUUGGCGGAGCUGCCGGAGGCUUGCUCGUGGAUGGCCUAACCACGGGUAUCGACUCUGCCGUACACGAGGAGUUUCGCCCAGCAGGCACGGUGGCCGCUGUCGAUACCUUAGUUGAAGGCAAGUCAAAAUCUGUUUCUGGGAGACAUCUUUGA